GCUCCCUGUCCCCUUGCAGGCCAAUCGUGGAAAGCCCUGAGCGCCAGCGACAAGCGUCCCUUUGUGGAAGAGGCCGAGCGGCUGCGAAUCCAGCACCUCCAGGAUCACCCCAACUACAAGUACCGCCCGAGGAGGAAGAAGCAAGCCAAGAAAAUCAAGAGGAUGGAACCCAAUAUCCUCCUGCAUAACCUUUCCCAGCCUUGCAGUGACAACUUCAGCAUGAGUCACCACGGCGGCAGCCAGCCUGGCCACCCCCAGCCUCCCCCACUCAACCACUUCAGAGAACUCCACUCCAUGGGGUCGGAUAUUGAAAACUACGGCUUGCCAACUCCCGAGAUGUCUCCCUUGGAUGUCUUGGAACAGACCGAGCCGGCGUUUUUCCCCCCGCACAUGCAGGAGGACUGCGGCAUGAUGCCCUUCCGCGGGUACCACCACCACCACCCCCAGAUGGAGUUUCCCCAGGAGAAGUGCCUGGGCCGGGACGUGGCCGUGCCCUACGCACAGCCCCCAGCACACUUGGCCGAUGCCAUGAGGACUCCCCACCCCUCCGGCCUCUACUACAACCAGAUGUGCUCGGGGACUCAGAGCGGGCUUUCCGCCCACCUGGGCCAGCUCUCACCCCCACCCGAAGCCCACCACAUGGAGAGCGUGGAUCACUUGAACCAAACCGACCUUUGGACGGACGUUGACCGCAAUGAGUUUGACCAAUAUUUGAACAUGAGCAGGACUCGUCCCGAAGCCUCGGGACUGCCUUAUCAUGUCUCCCUGUCCAAAGUGACUCCUAGGAGCAUCUCCUGCGAGGAGAGCAGCUUGAUAUCCGCCCUGUCCGAUGCCAGCAGCGCCGUCUAUUACAGCCCAUGCAUCACCGGCUAGGCUCGCGCGUGCACCCAACGCAACAAGCCAACGAGCAGCCAUCCUCCUCUAACCACGAGCUCCGUAAUAUGUAGAGUAUCUCAUUAAAUGCAUCGCUUUCUUUCUUAAAAAAAAAGAAAAAA